AUGUACAAUAGGACCCUUCACAACAAGCGGAAAAGACUGGAAACAAUGGUGAAAUCCACUCAGAUUGCAAGGCUAGAUGGUAUUGUUGUCACCCUAUUCAUGGCGUCCUUAUUCACCUGGGUGAGGAACGAACCCCCGCUGACCCACGGGUGACAUGGUGUGAACAAUAGGCCUCAUGCUGGCCGCUUCAGUCGACGAUGAACAGGUCGAGACGGAACUGGCCGAGGUCAAAUCUCAAGCAAAGAUGAUCUUCAGACGCCUCAAUCGGAACUCCGAACAACAGGCCAGUAUAGAGUCUGGACAAUACACACUCCACUACAUCAUCAAAGACUCGGUGUGCUUCUUGUGCAUCUGCGACCGUUCUUACCCUCGAAAACUGGCCUUCACCUACCUCUCCGACCUCGCGCAAGAGUUCACCACGAUAUACCCGUCCCAGCAGUACCUGUCGGCGACGUUGCGGCCGUACGCGUUCGUCGAGUUCGACACUUACAUCCAGCGCACGAAAAAGGUGUACCAGGACAGUCGGGCGAGUGCGAACCUGGACAAGUUGAACGAUGAACUCAAGGACGUGACCAAGGUCAUGACCAAGAACAUCGAGGAUCUGUUGUACCGCGGAGACAGCCUGGAGAGGAUGGGCGAGAUGAGUGGAAGGUUAAGAGAGGACAGCAAGAAAUACAGAAGGGCGGCCGUGCGGAUAAAUUGGGAAUUGAUGUUGAAACAGGUUGGUUUUUGCUCUCCCCCUUGGCACGCGGAGAUGAGGGACACAACAAACGAUACGAGUGUACGCUGACGCUCACCCGACAGUAUGGCCCCUUUGCCGGUCUGGGGUUGAUCAUGAUCAUCUUUGUGUGGUGGAGGUUCUUCUAAUUUCAAGUCGCCGGUCGGUCGGUCAGUUCGUCGCUUCCUAACCCCCAUGCGUCGCGAGGCGAUGGUCUGGGUGGUGUGUGGACUCUCGACAUGAUCAUGAGUUCUGGUUUGUGACUGUGACUGUGUGAUUAUUAUGAAAACACUUUGUACGAUUAGCGAAAGCAUGGAGCAACAAGAUACCCCCCCGCAGCGCUCGCCGGCACCAUUUUUGUUUUGGAACAGACAGACAGAAAGUAAUUUUGGGUCUUGGGCAGCUUGAGAAACAGAGAAAAUACUUGAAAAUUUGGUGGGCUAGUGCGUCACAACCACGAGAGGACGAAAAUCAAUUGGAACGGACUGUCUGUCUACUUUCUCAGAUCUCGUCUUCUUCUUCGUCAAAGUCAUCCUCGACACCCAUAUCGUACAAGAUCCUCCCACCUUCGCCGCCACCCCCUCCGGCCUUUUGCGCGUCAAAAUAAGGCAACACCACUCCCUCACGCUCUAGUCUCUGCCUUUCCGUCAAGCCAAGCUCAAACGUCAUCCCCGAAAGCUCCGAGUCGGCGCUCUCUUGUUCCUUUGAUUUCUGAAACAGAGGAUGAUCGUCGAGUAAAGUAACGAUUUCGCGAAAUACUGCUUGUGGAUUGUUGUUGGUCUGUUGUGUUGUUGUUUUUGAGAUGGUGGCGACAGGAGGAAGGAAAUACCACUCUAAUACUCCCCGACCACUUUUUCUACGAUGUUCGAGUUCGAGGACGAUACCACCCCUACUACUGGGUUCGUCGUGGGGUUUUUUGGAACUUGCCGCGCGUGGUUUCAGACCGACCAGGACACCUUCGCGUUCUUCUCGCAGACCGAAGGUCGGGCAAGCGAGGGAUCUUGCCCGGGCGGAUUUUUCGGCGAGUAAAAUGGCCAGUGAGUGGACCGUGAUGACCGUGGUGGCGAGGUAGGAUAGAAGUGAGAGGGGGGACGGUGAAUAUGAUGUUGGCGCGGACGGGAG